AUGUCCGCCAAUCUGCCGCCGGCUUUCAAGCCAAUUGCUCCGUACAUAAAGAUCGCCAACGAGAAUGCGAGCCGUGAUCCGGUCAUCUAUUAUUGGUGUGAGUUUUCUUUUUCGGUUAUCUUCCCCCAAUUGAUUUUCGCACCUUUCCUAUUCACACUUCAUUGCUAUUUCGAAAUACUUCCGUAGAAUGUUGACUUACUGACCCAAUCCAUCCAUUUCUAAUUGCCUGCCACCGUCUAAUGGGGCACAUUUGAGGGCUCUGUAUGACAUUUGGACCGAACCAAACAACGAUGACGUUUGAUGAGAAGCCGUGGAAAAAACUGCAAGAAUCAAUAAGAUCGGAAAAACGGGAAAAAGCAAGCGAAGUGCGAGAUUGUUUGAGAGAAUACAUCGAUGAGAAAGAGGGAAUCAUGAGCAGACAUCAGAUGGCGGAGACUCUUACUGUCAAAGUCGAGGAGAAACGAAUCGGAUGCGAAGAGUUGAAAAAGAAGAUCGCACAGAUCAACUCGAAGAUUCUGAUGGGACGACAAAAGCUAGCUGAAGUGAACGAGCAAAUUGAGAAGAGAGAGAAGGAUGAGCAAAUGCUUGAAAAUACUGUGAAAGUAUGGAGAGAACAGGCCGAAGCGAAUAAGGGAACUAAGAAGAAGAAGCAGAAGGUGAUCGGGGUGCUCGUCCGACUCAUUGCUUAUCGAAAACUGACAAUGAUGACCGAAGUCAUCAAGCUAUUCCGAGUGGUUAUCGACGGAGGCCCAGCUUCUCGCGAAGGCAGAUCUAUUCCAAAAGCGUGUUAUUGUCAACUCGUUGAUACAAUUCGAGGAAUUCACUUGCCACAGACCACCAUGAUUCUCGCUCAUCCGGAGAUCCCGACGCUAGCAGCCACCGGCCUCUUCUUCCACAUAUUCAAUGUCUUCUGUCGCAUUCUUGGCUAUGCUCCUCGUUUUUCCAUCGACUUUUCCGCACCGUCAACGGCUAUUUUCAACACCGCUGAUCGAUCUCCAAUUGACAUGACUAUCUGGAAGAAACGUUCUGAUCGAGAACGUUUCCAGAAAGGAAUGCUUUUGAUGGAGAAGAACAUCAGUCAGCUGCGCAUCGACUGCGGAAUUCCCACAAUGGUGGCUGAUCGCACGCUGGCUACGCUCGUCGAUUGGUUUAAGAUGAUCGUCCGAAGAGGAACCGUCUUCGAGCGACCAGCCGACAGUGUUUUCAGUCCGGCCAGUCUUCUCGUCAACUUCCAGGACUAA